AUGCCUUUUAGUUUGGAACUUACUCGGCACACAAAUUGUAGUCGGUGGAUGGAUAGAUCGAUGGAAGAUAUGUACGAUGCAGUUGUUGAAGAAGUCUCUUAUCAAUCUAUGACAAAUACUAAUAGCAUACGUGUCAAUGCCAAUCUUGAAUGUCUAUGCGUCAAUACUAUCACAUAUUCCAUUAUGUAUGAAUCAUGUCCAUGUCGGUUAAUCAAUCAUGUUCAAUUGCGUUCGAAGAAUUCAAGUAGAACUAAAUCAAAUGUGGAUUGUGCAAGUGAUCUAUUAUUCCGACGUGUAUCAAGAUAA